GAUGCGUGGCGAAGCGUGGGGUUCUGCGCAGGCGCAGUUGUGCGGCCGCUGUCUGCUUGGCCCCCCCUUCUCAGUUUCUGGCAGCGGCAGUGUGAUGGCUGAGGCGCAGGACUCUCUGUUGGGGAUAGUGGAGGAGUUCGUGUCGGGACUGCAGGACAGCAAGGCGGCAGAGGUGGCAGCAGGUGUGAAGGAUGGGACGUUCUCAGUGUUACAGGUGGUGGAAGCUCUGGGUUCCUGUCUGGCAAACCCUGAACCCAGAACCAGAGGCCGUGGCGUCGAGCUCCUUUCAGAGGUCUUACUACAGUGUUAUGCCAGCCUAAAAGAAAAGGAAGUGGAAGUCCUGGUUGUUUUUUAUGAAAACAGACUGAAGGAUCACCAUGUCAUUACCCCGUAUGUCCUGAAGGGACUUAAGGCACUGAGUAUGUCUGUGGUCUUCCCUGCUGGCCUAGUAGUGUCCGUGCUAAAAUCCAUAUUCCAGGAAGUCCACGUCCAGUCUUUAAUGCAGCUGGACCGUUAUACCGUCUACAUGAUCAUCACCAAUUUUAUGAACAACAAGGAAGAAGAACUGAAGAGUCUCGGAGCAGAUUUUACAUUUGGCUUUAUUCAAGUGAUGGAUGGAGAAAAGGAUCCAAGGAAUCUUUUGUUGGCCUUCCAGAUCGUACAGAACAUUAUAACUAAGAACUACACUCUUGGUCUUUUUGUGGAAGAGUUAUUUGAAGUGACGUCCUGUUAUUUCCCAAUUGAUUUCACCCCUCCACCAAAUGAUCCACAUGGGAUUACCAGAGAAGAUCUUAUACUGGGCCUGCGAGCGGUGCUGGCAUCUACUCCUCGAUUUGCUGAGUUUCUGCUUCCACUGCUGAUUGAAAAAAUGGAUUCUGACAUACAAAGUGCCAAAGUGGAUGCGAUGCAGACAUUGACUGCUGCAUGUAAGGUUUAUGAACAGAAAGACCUUAAAGAGUUCCUGUCGGGUCUUUGGUCCUCCAUCCGCAGAGAGGUAUUUCAGACGGCGAGCGACAAGGUUGAGACGGAAGGUCUGUCCGCCCUCCAUGCUCUCUCCGCCUGCCUUUCCCGCUCUGUUCUAGGUUCAGACUCUGAAGAUUUAUUAGGCAUUUUCUUAACCAAUAUCUUGCAAGACUGCAAGCAUCAUCUGUGUGAGCCAGAUAUGAAGCUGGUAUGGCCCAGCGCCAAACUACUCCAGGCCGCCGCCGGUGCCUCCUCCCGAGCGGGCCUCAAAGUGACCACAAAUGUCCUACCACUGCUUCUGGAUCAGUAUAACCAGCAUGCACAGAGCAGCCAUCGAAGGACAAUACUGGAGAUGACACUGGGAUUCCUCAAACUGCAGAGCAAGUGGCUUCAAGACGAAGAUGGAAAUGGCCUCUCUAAUUUCAAGGAUCCCUUGUGCAGUAUGGUGUUUUCAGCAGUAACGGAUCCCAGUACACAGCUCCACCAAGUAGCAGUAAAAUGUCUCACAGUGUUGGGCACUUACCCAGGUUUCUUGUCGUCUGGGGACAUCGAUCUUGUUGUUGACCACUUGACCAGACUUAUCCUAGAGGAGACAGAUUUUCAGAGCUGCCAGGCCGCAAUUGAGUCUUCAGGAUCAUUGGCCAGAGUUCAUCCUGCAGUGUUCAUCAGGCGGAUGGUGCCUCCGAUCUGUUCAAGACUACAGACCGUGCCUAUGGAAGGUACAGAUAACCCGGGCAGCACUAUACCCCAGCUCACUUUACGGCAGCGCUGUCUCGAAGCUUUGGCUGCAGUGUCAACACAUCACAGUAUUGUUCAAGAGACUGUGCCGAUACUACUGGAUCAUGUCCGACAGACACAAAAAGGAGGAACAAGUGCAGAAGACGUUGUCGCUUUGUGUAAGAGCCUUCAUCAUGUCGCGGUGCUGAGCCAAGGAAAUGCAGAUAGUCUCUGUUACUAUCACCAGAAGGUGGUGCCCUGUCUGCUGUCCCUGACCGUACAGGCUGCAAUGCAAGACAAUGGGAAUGCAGCCGAUCUUCACGUCCUCCUCGAUGACAGCGUCCUUACCGCCAUGGUGUCAUUGAUAAUUGCGUCCACCACACACCUCAGUCCUGAGUUACUGUCUUCAAGUGUUUCUCAGAUUGUAAACCUGUUUUUGGAUGGGGAUGUUUCCAUUCUUACUGAAAACAGCUUCACCUCCAAGUUCCUUCCUUUUCAGAUUGACGGAUCGAGUGCCCCUCAGAGCCGCCUCGUUGCACUGCUGAUGGCUUUUGUUUGCUCAUUGCCGAGAAGUAUGAUCGGUUUGUUGUCUGACAGAGAUCUCGGACCCCUGGUUGCAGACAUGUUCUGUCUCCUGGUGUCCGAUUCCCCGGAUAUCCUUAACAAAGCAAGUCACGCCGACAUACGCAUCAUGUUCCGCCAGAGAUUCUUCACAGAGAACGUUCCCAAACUGGUACAAGGUUUCCAUGCUGCUAAUGGAGAUGACAAACCCAAUUACCUAAAAGCCUUGUCCCACGUCCUGAACUGUCUGCCAAAGCAAGUUCUCAUCACAGAACUCCCAUCGCUGUUCUCCCUGCUGCUAGAGGCUUUAUCCUGCCCCGACAUCGUCGUUCAGCUCUCCACACUGACGUGCCUGGAGCCGCUACUUCUAGAUGCUGCUGAAAUCUUAAAUGUCCAUAUAGAUACCCUCAUCUCAAGGCUCCUCUGCUUGACAUCCAGCCCCAGUAUGGCCGUGAGGAUUACCGCUCUGAAGUGCACGCUGGCCCUCACAAAGCUCCCUUUGCCUUUGCUCCUGCCUUACAAGCAGCAAGUGAUCCGUGCCUUAGGUAAACCGCUUGAUGAUAAGAAGAGACUAGUUAGGAAAGAGGCUGUGGAGGCCCGAUGUCAGUGGUUCCUCCUUGGAAGCCCCGGCAGCUGAGACUCAAUCUUAAAAUAGAUAUUUGCAUGGAGACAAUCUAACCAGGAUGCCAAUUACUUACUGACCUGUAGAUCGCCAACGUCACCGCUCCAGUGCCAUCUUCUUCAUCCACCAUAAGUGACAGCCAAGAAGACUUCUCUUAUUCUUUAUCCAGCAUUCCAGAUUUACGUUACGCUCAGCACUUCGCUCCCGGAGCUGGCAGAGUUGCACUUGAAUAAUGUUAGCACAAGGUUUACAAUAGUAAAAUAACCUGACUUGUGUAGAAGGACUAGUCAAUGAAAUCUCUACCGAAAGGUAAUGAGUGCGGAAAUGGCGCAAUUCUCUUCUUGUUAUCAGGGACAGUAUCUUACGUGUGGCUAUAGCCUUAGAGAUUGUUGGUUCAAGAGAAACCCCCCCUGCAGUGAUGUCACUAGGUACCAUUGAUGACAUCACUCAGUGACUGCAUUACACCAGUUUGCUUAUAAAUUAUUUUGCACAUAUGUCAUUUCGGUUUUUUUUGCAAUUUAACAACGUCUCUUAUAGCUGUUACAGGUUCCCAAUGAAGGGGAAAUUAUAAAAUAUAUAGAAACAUGGACUUUUACAUAUUAAAAAAAAAAAAGUUACUGAUAGGUGAAUGCUGACCCUUUCAAAAAGUUUACAUAAAAAAAACAAAUAAAGAUGCUAUGUUC